GCGGGGCGGGCCGCGGCGCAGCGGGAGCCAUGGCGGAGCUCGGUGCCCACCUCACGGCCGCCUCGGCCGGCGAUGGCCGGCCCUCCAUCUUCGAGGCGGUGGCCCAGGACAGCCUCAUGGCCGCCGUGAAACCCGCCCUGCAGCACCUGGUUAAGGUGCUUGCUGAGUCUAAUCCUGACCGAUACGGCUUCCUCUGGCACUGGUUUGAUGAGAUCUACGUCCUUCUGGAUUUGCUGCUCCAGCAGCACUAUCUGGCCAGGUGCAGCGCCUCCUUUUCUGAAAACUUCUAUAGCUUAAAGAGGAUACCAAUAGGAGAUUGCAGACAGCAACCUCUGGCCACUGCUGGCCUGCCGAAGAGGCAGCACUGGAAGUCCCUCCUCUUGCUGGUUCUGGUUCCUUACCUGAAAGGAAAGCUAGAGAAACUGGUGUGCAGCCUGAGGGAAGAGGAUGAGUACUCCAUCCACCCUCCAUCAUCGUCCUGGAAGCGCUUUUACAGAGCCUUCCUAGCUGCCUACCCCUUUGUAAACAUGACCUGGGAGGGCUGGUUUCUUAUCCAGCAACUGUGCUAUAUCCUUGGGAAAGCUCAGCAUCAUUCACCCAUGCUGCGGCUGGCCGGCGUUCGCCUGGUCAGACUGACUGCAGAGGACAUCCAGGCCCUAGAGAAGAAAUUGGCUGGAGUCACCUCAAGUGAAACACGCAGCAUUAAAACACAAGUGCAGUCAGCAGUUAGGAAAGCGUUGGGUGGCAUUGCCUUCUCCCUGUCCACUGGGCUGUCCAUUAGCAUGUUCUUCCUCCAGUUCCUGGACUGGUGGUACUCCUCAGAAAACCAAGAGACGAUCAAAUCUCUGACAGCGCUCCCAACUCCUCCACCCCCUGUGCACCUUGACCACGAGGCCAGCUCAGCUCUCUUACCCAAACUGAAGACCGUGUGCCCUCUGUGCCGCAAAAUUCGUGUCAAUGCCACGGCCCUGUCCACCUCCGGUUAUGUGUUUUGCUACCGCUGUGCGUAUAAUUACGUGAAGACUCACCAGCGCUGCCCGAUCACAGGCUACGCCACAGAGCUGCAGCACCUUGUCAAACUGUACUCCCCUGAGAGCUGAAAGGCCUGCCUCGUGCUUUGAGAGCGAUACAUCUCUGAGGCUAGCGGCUGGGCAGCAGUGAGCCUAAAUUUGCCUCUUCUCAUGUCCCAUAGGAGACUUUCAACCACUACAGCUCAUCAGUGAGCUCUAAAGCUCCUUUGAACUUGGUGGCAAAUCAGAGUUUUGCUGCCUUUGUGAAGGCUCUCCCCUUUGUUUAUUAGCUGCUCAAACAUCCUGACAGUUUCAGAGGGAUCGGACAGCCACAGUUUGUCAGUCGGCAGAGAAAUGCCUUCAAAGACCAACUGAAAGGGAAGAAACAUUGAUUUGGAUAAGAAGAACGCAGAUGUGAGGAUCAAAGAGCAUCCCUGGUAAAAGUGCUGCUCGAGGGCAUGAGCCAGCAAAUUAAAGAGGUAGGGAAAUUUUCUAGGCAGGUUAUUCCUCCAUUAGGAGCUUCCCAGGUGCUCGUGCUGCCCAGGGCGAGCUCUGGCACUAGCGCUUCUCAAAGAGGUAGAGGCAGGCUUGGACCUCUCCUCUGAUCGUGCUAUUCUUGAGUCUCCCAGCGUUUUCAGGCUACUCACCUUUGAAUUGAGAACAUCACACCCCUAAUUCCGAUCAACAGUUCUAAAUUUAGACUUUUGACUCUUUAAAGGAACAAAGGAUACCAUGAACAAGGAUACAAGGGGGAGAUUACAUUUUCUGCAUGAGGGAGAAAAACAACAAAUCAGAUUAAAGCAGCAACUGUACCAAAUGACGAGAGUCGGUUUUGUUAAGUCUUUGCAUCUGUUAUUAUCUGCUUUGAUAAAGCAAAAUUCUUUCUUGAUUGAGACCUUAACAUUUCUGAGGACUGGAAAAAACAGAGCUUGCGCCUCUAGGGGCUCUAUUUACAUAAGGGAGACUAGACUAAAGCUGCUUUCAUCUUUGCAGAUGAUGAUGCUGGAUAUAAGAUUACUAUUUUGUAGGCUGGGAAUCUUUAAUGUCUGUGUUUGAUUUAAGUAUUACACUGCAGUUAUUCCAGUCCCAGCCCUGUAGCACAUUCAUAUCAUAAGAAAGCAUCCCUUCAUUGAACAGAGGAGAGAAGAAAAUGUGUGUGACAUUAUGCCUGGUUCUUGCUUGACACCCGAUUUUUCAUGAUGGAAGGUUUUUUCCUGACUGGGCUCUAGGGAGCAGCAGUUAGCUACUCCAGACAUCACAGUGACUUUGCUUAUAGAAUAUGAAGAGCAAAGUUUGCCGCACAGAGUACAUGUCUUUUCAGAUUAAGAGAUAGGUUCUAACAUUUAAUCCACUGAACCAGUCAUCUCAUUUCCCCCCCCCCUUUAGCUCUGCUUCAGAAGAUAAAAAUCUCUAAUAUCCUCACUCACCUGUAAGAAAGAUAGCAAGGUUAUUGAAUAAUGUGGAAAAAUACAGUAAUUUGCAUCCUCCCAAAGAUGCUUUGGAAAACACCUACUAUAACAAAUGAGAUUUGUCCCCAGUGCUUGUCCUAUUAUCUCUAUACAACUUCUAGACCCUUCUACCUGUGCCACUAAGGAAUAAUAAUAAAACCUAUCUCAUUUUUCCUUUUUCCAGUAGUUACAAGAUCCAUAAAGACACCUCUCUUCCUUUAGAAAGCCAGUAAGAGCACAUACAUCUUCCUGGAAAAGAGAUCACAUCAAGGCCAGAUGGAUAAAACCAUCCUGAUGUUUUAAAGCAGUAACUCAGUGACACGCAUGCCUGUUCAGAUGUAUUUCAUGUGGUUCUUCUGGGGAGGGGAUUUCUGGCCCUGGCCUUCCCUUCUGUGCAGGAUCAAGAGGAGGAUCCAACCUGAGGGCAAGACUCAGAGUUGAAAAAUAAAAGUUUUUUUAACCCACCUAUGUACCUGUGGGUUUCAUUCUGACUCUGCGCAGCCCACAAGGAGAAAUCUCAAAAGAUUUUGGCCACUGGAAAAGUGCCAGGGGGAGGAACGUAAUAACUCCGGAGGGCUGGGCUCCAAGCAAAAACCAGUUUUGAACUUCAGAUAGAGCUAGAAGGAUCCAGUGAAGUCUGUGGACACUGGUGCUUCAUCACAGGAAACACAGAGGAGAAAAAAACAAAACAAGCAGAGAAGAAGUGAAACCAGCAACAAAGCCCAGAAUGACUCUUGAAGAUGAUCAACAGCAGCAGAUGGUCUGCUUAGCAACAAGGAGUGGAAAUAUACACAACGUAAGGUAUGAACACAAAAUCUUCAAAGUAUACAGCAAGGCUGGAGAUCACCGUGGCUGUGCCUGUGCUGUGAAGAUUCAGCCAUUUACCUGUGUCGUGUUUUCCAAAGACCUGGACUCAUGGCUAGCGGAAGGCAGCACUGUCAGGAGACUGAGAGCUGAUGAAUGGGCUGUGUGGAUAACUGCUGCUGAUCCAGGUCCAAAAGACCCCUUUCCAAUAUUUCCUUUUAUUUUCUUGCUCCUUGCCUGGCAGUGUUGUUAGUCUUAGCCAGUCUUACCUGCUUUCCUUCCUGAUUUUAGGGACAUUCUCCACUGCUGCUGCCAGUUUACUAAGCUGAGAGCUAUGGACAGAAAAAUUGUUCGCUGGCCAAUUCUUGGGCAGUGAAAGGGGUAUCACUAACAGAGUUAGAGGUUACAACAGCAGCUAAUGAGAUAAGGAGACCAGGAGCAGCUCCAUGGUCCAUGACCUGAUCCCGUUCUGUUGCUUAUCAGCUGCUGUCCACAUGAGUUGCAAGGUUUCUGUCUAUGCAUUGUGUUUGUUAGUCUAAUGAAGAGCAAAAUAUCUAAAACCAGCAUGAGGACAGCUUGUCACUCUUGCAGUGAGGGACAGCAAAUGCUCAUGCUGCAUCACAUGUUUCUAUUUGCCAAUGUCUCUUCACAAUCUGGUGAAAAAUGGGAAAGACGGGAGGAGAAGGUCACUUGGAAUCAGCCUGAUGUAAAUACAUGAAGUGACUGGGGCUGGGACCAGAGUGGAGAGUCUGCUGCCAGUUAGAGCCCAAUGUUUCUGUAGCAUUGCAAGAUCAGCCAGGUGUCCAGGGCUUUCGGACUGAUCCGUUAUUGCAUCUUUGUUUACUCACCAGGUCUCCGAAACAAGGUUGGCGACAGCUGCUCCUAUGCUGGGAUUUUUAGCAAAGGAACUGAGACCUGGGAAGGAGAUGAGGAUUGAGUUCCCUGAGGAAGCAGUCUUUGCAAAAGCAGCUGGAAACACAUGGAGUUGUUCAGGAAAAUUUUGAAGAAGCAAAAAAAGUGAAAUCUCACAGCAUAAUAUAUACUCCAGAAAAACUCAGUGAAGAUCUCCUCCAAGAGCAUCCAGGGUUGGAUAUUUUAACGGAAAAUCAACUGAAGCAGCUUUCCGAGGAAGUUCUGAUAUUUUCCAGAAGCUGGGCUGUUGAGCUAAUUUAGAUUUACACUUGUUUGAUAACCGAGAACAGGUAACUACACGGGAUCCAAACAAGGCCCUGAUAGGGCCAUGGUUACAUACGUUUGGAUUUUUUUUAUUCUGUGUCUCAACUAGAAGGAUAUCCUUUGUAAUGGCUGGUCCUCUCUAAAAGGCCAUUCUUGGGAAUCCUCUACAGUCUGUUUUAAAUCAAAUGUAAGGUUUCAAUAAUGCAGAGAAAAGAGAUACUUUGAAUGUCAGUGGAAUUACAUCAUUCCCUGAAGUUUCCUUCCAGGCACUUGCAAAACCCAAUGCUCAGCCUUUGACUGCACGUAGGCGCAUUGCCAACUGGAAACCACCAUGCCAAGACAGGAAACUGGAAGACUUUCUGGCUUUGACCAGAAAAGCCAGAACUCCCUCCCAUACUCAUCAUACUGCUCAGAAAAGUUAGCAAAAGCAUAGGCAUUCCAUCUUAGAAGCCAUUUUUUAAAAGACAGCCUCAAUUUAGAUAUCUAUGUAAGUAAAAAUGAGGCCUUCUGUCCAUGUUUUAGCUGAGAAAUACAAAUAAAUGGCUUUUGCAGAAGUAGUUUCAGCAGCAGUCAGUGUGGGUUAGAAGAACCUGGUUGCUCCAAAGAGGAGUUUUAGUGCGAGAAGGAAAACUCUGUAUAACCGCCCUUAGAUACCAAUGGCAUUUUCUGUCCAGGUUUCAGACAUGCUGCUUAGCUAAAACUCUGUGUAGAGUUAGAUGCAAAGUACUUUUGAAAGACAGAUCCAAAAUUCCUAAAACUAGGUAUCCAAAAUUGAAGGCUGGUUGAAAACAAACCAUAUUGUUUUCCACCACAGAAUGACCUGUAGGUCAUUUGGUUUGGAAGAGCAGUCCGAUAUCCUCCUAGUGUGAUUAUAAAGCACCAGCGAUUUAACUGAAUGUCGUUACAAGUUAGAAAAAGAGGCACUUUUUUUUUUCCUUAAUCAAUGUACAAGGAAAGACUAUUCCUGUGUUCUUAUCAUAACCCCCAACACUUAUUCAUGCCAUGCCUAUCAUGUGUGCAUCACCACCAUUUAGUAUGAUCAGAAAUAUUUUAAUGCAUUUGAAUUCACAUUUAAAUCAUUGCUGAGUACAAUUAUAUUUACUCUAUGCUUAGAUUUUCUUCCCUCUGGGGACUAAAGCAAGGGUCUGUGAUUUUUUUUUUUUGUUGCCCACAGCAUGCAUAAAGAAUCUGUGUUUGAAUGUAAACAUUUCUAUAAUAAAGUUUAAUUGAUAAA